UAAAGGUUUUCGUUGAGAUACUCAAAUAGAAAGUUUUAAACAGUCGAUACAUCAAAUUUAUAAUUAACCCUUGGUCCCAAUAAAAUCACCAAAAAUUCCACCUUUCCUUUCUAAAACCUUUUAACCUAGCUCUCUGUUCGAUUCAUGGCCAUGGCCACCGCCACUGAAGCAGAAAAACCGAUGGACAACGGUUGUGCGAAUCCCCAAGACUGUACAGAUUGCCCAGAACCAAACCUGCAAACCGUCGCUGUCAGUACAACAGGAACGGCCCGAGAAGAAAGUACGGAAACCGACCCAUUGACGCAAAACUGUGUGCCCGAGUCUAAUUCUGCACCUAAUCCCGCCACUACGACAACAAGGUGGCCGGGAUGGCCAGGAGAUUGCGUAUUCAGGUUGAUAGUACCAGUGCUGAAGGUCGGCAGUAUCAUUGGGCGCAAGGGUGACAUCAUAAAGAAAAUGUGCGACGAAACUCAUGCUCGCAUCCGCGUUCUUGAAGCCCCUAACGGCACUUCAGAUCGCAUUGUGUUGAUAUCUGGAAAGGAAGAGCCAGAGGCACCUCUAUCCCCGGCAAUGGAUGCUGCAAUAAGAGUGUUUAAACGCGUUACUGGAUUACCUGAUGGUGAUGCUAAAGCAUUUGGAGCAGCUGGUGUUGCAUUUUGCUCUAUUCGGUUAUUGGUAGCAUCCACACAGGCCAUUAAUUUGAUUGGAAAGCAGGGCUCAUUAAUCAAGUCAAUACAAGAGACUUCUGGUGCAUCUGUUCGGGUAUUAUCAGAAGAUGAAGCGCCCUUUUAUGUUGCUGCAGAUGAGAGAAUUGUGGAGUUGCAGGGAGAAGCCAUGAAGGCUCUUAAGGCUUUAGAGGCAAUAGUGGGUCAUUUGAGGAAGUUUUUGGUUGAUCAUAGUGUCAUUCCUUUGUUUGAAAAGAAUUAUAAUGCAAUGAUCUCACAAGACCAUCAAACGGAAACAUGGAGUGACAAGCCAUUGGUGCAUUCUACUUCUCAAGGUGGGUUUGAUACUGAUUAUGCUUUCUCAGGAAAGAGGGAGGCUUUAUUCUUAGAACGAGAAACCCAAUUGGAUUCACAGAUCACACAGUCAAGAAUUACACUUUAUGGACAAGAUCCUGCAGUUUCAACGAUUCGUUCUUCUGUAUUUAAUCGUGCCAGUGGUCCCAUCUUCACUCAGAUAACACAAACCAUGCAAGUACCAAUCUCUUAUGCCGAGGAAAUCAUUGGGAUUGGAGGGAAUAAUAUUGCAUAUAUUCGUCGCACUAGUGGAGCCAUAAUAACUGUGCAAGAAAGCAGAGGAUCACCUGAUGAGAUAACAGUGGAGAUCAAAGGUACACCCUCACAGGUUCAGAUGGCUCAACAACUAAUUCAGGACUUCCUAAGCAAUCACAAAGACCCAGUCACAAGCAACUAUGGCAAGUAUGACGGAGGACUAAGAUCUAUGUACUCUCCCUUAAAUAAUAGUAUGCUUUAUUCUUCGUCUUCAUUGUCUGGGCAAUCCUAUGAUGGAUAUGGAUCUUCUGGUCUUGGAGGCUAUAGUAAUUUUAGACUUUGAGAACAGUAAGCGAGAAGAUGGCAGUGUUUUUUAGGAAAUAAUUCUAGGAAUAUGAUAUCUAAUCACCCUUUUUUUUUUUCAAAAAAAAAAAAAAAAAACAA